GUGCGCGGAGUCACGUGCGGCGUGCAGAUGGCUGCGGCGGCGCCGCUGGUCGGGAGCCCGCGGCCCUGAGUGGGAGCCGGGCCGGCAUGGAGGUGUACAUCCCCUCCUUCCGCUACGAGGAGAGCGAGCUGGAGCGGGGCUAUACGGUCUUUAAAAUAGAGGUGCUAAUGAGUGGAAGGAAACAUUUUGUGGAGAAAAGAUACAGUGAAUUCCAUGCGCUUCAUAAAAAGCUCAAGAAAUUCAUAAGGACUCCGGAAAUCCCUUCAAAGCAUGUGAGAAACUGGGUCCCCAAGGUCCUGGAGCAGCGACGGCAAGGCUUGGAGUUGUACUUGCAGACAGUCAUUUUAGAAAAUGAAGAGCUCCCUAAAAUAUUUCUUGAUUUCCUGAAUGUUCGCCAUGUACCUACCUUGCCAAAAGCAGAAAGCUGUGGCUCUUUUGAUGAAACAGAAUCUGAAGAAUCGAGCAAACUGUCCCACCAGCCUGUACUGCUGUUCCUAAGGGAUCCAUAUGUCUUGCCUAAAGCCAACGAUGACUUUCCCAACGUAGUUAUAGAAGGCAUUCUACAUGGAAUAUUUUAUCCUCAUUUACUGCUCAGGUAGAAGUGGUGCGUGGCUAGAAGAACCUGAAGCAAGUCUCUGAGUUAUGUUUAACAGAAGUAACAGGAAUAAAAUUCUGUGAUGUGAAAAUUAAGCUCAGAAGCAAGAGGCAGAACCUUGGUUUAAGUUCAAGCAUUAUAUCUUUUUAAAUGAAAUCAAUGUCACUACAAUUGCUGCUUUUAAAAAAUGGCGAUAUGGAAACAACAGUAUUGAAGUUAUUUAUACCUUCUAUAUAUUGACAUGCUCUAACUAUUUAACACUAAAAGUCAUACACUGAAUUACACUAACCUUUGAAGAGAAUUGAAAGCUUUACUAAUUAUUUCUGUAACUUCUGUCAUAAAUUACACUAAACCUUUUUGCACCAGGAUUUUUCCCAGCACAUACCCCAUUGCUGGCAGUGGAUGGAUUUAAAGUGCUGAAGAGAAUGUGUAAGAAAUGGACAAAAAAAAAAAAAAAAUAAAGCAAGAAGAAAUGGAGAACAACUUAAAAGUGUUUUGUUAAUUUUUCUUAAAUUAUUUUGAAUCUGCUCCUUAAUAUCAGGUUGGAAAAGAGCCAGUUUAGGUAUAUGGAGAGUUUCUACUGGAAAACACGCUUCCACAUUCUGAAAUACAUAGCGUUCUCAGGAAGUUUUCUACAUUUCGGUUGAAAUUAUUUUAUCUACAAGGAGGUUUUACAUGGCAUUUAUGCAUCUCCAUUUAGUUAUGACAUCUAACCUGCGCAUAUAGUUACUCUUCACCUCAACUUGCAGACUGUAGUCGUAUCUUAAUACAAGUCACAGAGCCUACAACUCUGUGGUAAGGUAAAGCAAGAAUAUGAUAAAGCAGUAAAAUGACAAAACUAAAACUGAUACCUAUAUACAUUUGUUCAUAUUUAACUGGAAAUCUGUAUGUGUGCUACUGGACAUGACAAAAUAAAUUACUGACAUGACAAAAUAAAUUACUAGAAUAUGAA